ACAGGCUCAGCGGCCAUGGCUCACGGGCCCAGGCGCUCCGCGGCAUGUGGGAUCCUUCUGGACCGGGGCACAAACCCGUGUCCCCUGCAUCGGCAGGCGGACUCUCAACCACUGCGCCACCAGGGAAGCCCCUGCUUUACUAUUUUUUUAAACAUCUUUACUGUAGGAUUAAGGCCUGUGGUUUCCACAGAAGCACCGCCUAUCAUAUUUGCCACACCAACUAAACUGAGUUCCAAUUCUACUGCAUAUGAUUAUGCUGGGAAAAAUAAAGUUCCAGAGCUGCAGAAGUUUUUCCAGAAAUCCGACGGUGUGCCCAUCCACCUGAAACGAGGCUUGCCUGACCAAAUGCUUUACCGGACAACCAUGGCGCUGACUGUGGGAGGGACCAUCUACUGCCUGAUCGCCCUCUACAUGGCAUCACAGCCCAGAAACAAAUGAGUUAGGCUGCAGAGGACUGGUUUGCUUUUUAGCAUAAAUCCUUUGAAUUUUCAUUUUUCAUUAUUUCUGUAAAAAAAAUUUUUUUUUUUAACUUGAAUGGCCUACUUAACAUUCUUCAAGAAAAACAAAUUAAGACAGUAUUUUGGUUUGUUAUGAAAUGCACAUGGCCUGGCAGAACUCAUUCGACAGUUAAAACUAUUGUUUAAAGAAAUGCUGCUGCUCUCUGCAUUUGGGCUUCUGAUUUCCCUGGAGGUUCUGAAUGAAGGUUACACACAGUCUCAUUAUGGCAGUCUGUGCUGAGGUCCUUGGGGACUUUUGGUGGAGUUUUGAGCUUGGGAUGGAGAAGCCUUUUUGGAUUUGGAUGUGACUGAGGAAGGAAAACAAGCUAAGGCCAGGCACAUGAGAUGAGAGAUUUUGAGUUAGUAGUCACGUUGGGGAUUUUUCCAUCCUGCAGUAAAAUGUUAAUAGAGAUUAUUUGCAGUCUGCCUCUGUUCAUUGGGCAGUUUGUUUCAAAGGGUUAUUUGCGUCAUCUCAGAUCUUUAGUGAAAUUUUAUGUGUAAUUGCUAUGUAUUUAUUCCACCAUGGGAACAGAGAACACCUGUUUAGUGUUGCACUUUAGACCAAUGUCUGUUUUAUUAAUACAGCUGUGACACAAAUUCUCCUUUACCUUUUAAAAAUGUUAUGGCUUUAAAUUAUGAUUUAUUUUAAUUGUGGAAUAAAUACAUGAAUGAAAAAAUCUCAAGUUUGAAGUCCUUUUAAAUAAGCUUUCAAAAUAAUUUCAGAACGUACCAGAGGCAUCUUAAACCCGAGUCUAAUUUCUUUCUUUUUAAUUAGACACUAGAUAAUCUUUACAAAACGGUUCCUCAAAGUCAAGUAAUAGGAGGCGAAUGGCAUAUUCGUGAUUACCGUAUGGUUCCUUAUAAGAAACUGCCUUACCCCUUAGUGAAAUGUGCGUGUAGCACACAGUUCAUUUAGACAGUAAUUUCCUGUGUUGUCACAAUUGGUAGACUUCACAUACCCUGUAUUAAUGCUGGAAAAAGGUGGAAUUUUAUUAUAUAAAGUGGUGGUCUGUAUUUUGCCAUAGCAAAGAACAGUAACCUCUUACUGAAGAUAAAAUACGGCGUGUGAAAAGUCAGUAUCAUUCUCACAGGCUAGGAAACCCUUAUUUGUCUGUACAAGUCUAAACUUCCUUGGUAUUUCCCCCAAGUUUUUAUUUUGAGAAACUUCAGAAUACAGAAAGAUUGUAAGAAUAGAACAAUAUAUCCCUGUAUGUUCUUCACUUAGAUCACCAGUUAUCAAUAUAUUGUCCACUUUGCUUUUUCUUGCUCUCUCAAACACAGGCACACAUAAUAUAUGUACAUAAUACACACACACACACACACACACACACACACACACACAUUUGGUUUUUGCUGAAUCAUUUGAGAUUAAGCUAUGGAAUUGUAAUUCAGCCAUAAAUACUUUAGCCAGUAUCUCCUAAAAAUAAGGACGUUUAGUUAUCAUGUCCCUUUAGUCUCCUUUUAUCAAGAAGAGUCCCCACUGUCCUCCAUGACAUUGACCUAUUUGAAAAAUUCAGGGUAGUGUUUUGUAGAACAUCCUUCGAUUUGGAUUUGUCUUACUGUCUCAUGAUUGGAUUCAGGUUGAGCAGUUUAGUCAGGAAUUCUCUGUAUAUGGUGUGGUGUUCUUAUUGUAUCAGGUGGCACUUGGUACCAGUUCGUCCCAUUAUUGGAGAGUUGAAGUUGGUUAACUUAAUUAAGAUGUUGUCUGCCUUGUAAAGAUACCCUUUCCCCUUUGUAAUUAAUAAGUAAUCUGUAGGGUGAUAUUUGAGACUGGGAAUAUCAUGUCCUCAGUGGUUUUGUACCCAGUGUUAGUGUUCCUUGGUGAUUCCUGAUGGAAUCAUUUAUUACUAAGGUGGUUGUAAAAAAGUGAUUUUCUAAUUAUUAUUGUUGAUGUAUCUCAGUGAAGAGGAGUACUCCCGUUUUAAGAGGUUUUAGUGUAAUUUUCUCAUUCAAGGUAAUAACCACCCAUGCCAUUGUUCAUGCUGAUUCUCAUAUUUGGCCCAAAUUUGGCUUCCGUGUCCCACUGACAGUCUUUGAGCAGUUUCUUACUUUCUGACACACAGAAUGCUGUCCACGUUUACCUUGUAUUUUCUCUACCCCAGUUUCUUCUGUUCACUUUCAGGUAUGUUCUGUUCAUAUAUAUAGAUGCAUUUUCCUUCUCUGUCUGUUUUAUUUUUGCCUAACUGAUACUGUACAUUCCUACUACUCAUAGUUUGGAGAUUGUUCUCUAUCUCAUUUUUCUGCAUUGUAUUCCAUUUUAUGAAUACCCCAUAAUUUAACUAGUCUCCUUUUUAAAAAAUUUUUUUUAAUUUAUUUAAUUUUUUUUUUUUUUUUUUUAAAUUUUUGGCUGCGUUGGGUCUUCGUUGCUGUGCGCAGGCUUUCUCUAGUUGCGGCGAGCAAGGGCUACUCUUCGUUGUGGUACACCGGCUUCUCAUUGCUGUGGCUUCUCUUGUUGUGGAGCAUGGGCUCUAGGUGAGCGGGCUUCAGUGGUUGUGGCACGUGGGCUCAGUAGUUGUGGCUUGCGGGCUCUAGAGCGCAGGCUCAGUAGUUGUAGCCCACAGCCUUAGUUGCUCCACGGCAUGUGGGAUCUUCCCGGACCAGGGCUCGAACCCGUGCCCCCUGCAUUGGCAGGCGGAUUCUUAACCACUGCACCACCAGGGAAGCCCCUAACUAGUCUCCUUUUGAUGGUUAUUUAGUCUUAAAUUUUUUGCUUUUACAAACACUGCCUUAAACAUAUCUUCUUUACAUGUCAUUUUACAUAUUGCUGAAUGUAUUUGUAGAAUAAUUUCUAGAAGUGAGACCUUUUUUUUUUUUUUUUUUUUUUUUUUUGCGGUACGCGGGCCUCUCACUGAUGUGACCUCUCCCAUCGUGGAGCACAGGCUCCGGACGCGCAGGCCCAGCGGCCAUGGCUCAUGGGCCCAGCCGCUCUGCGGCAUGUGGGAUCCUCCCGGGCCGGGGCACGAACCCGUGUCCCCUGCAUUGGCAGGUGGACUCUCAGCCACUGCGCCACCAGGGAAGCCCUAGAAGUGAGACUUUUAAGGCAGAGAGAAUGUGUAUCUCUAACUUUGAUAGCUAUUCCUCACUGUGAGAGAUGGUGUGGAUGUACAAUCCUAUUUAGCCAUGAUGAGGGUGCCUGUUCCUCCUCACCUUUGUCAGCCAAAUGCAUUGUCAAACUUUUUCAUCUUUGCCAAUCUGGUAAUGAUAAAAUGUCUUUGGUUUAAAUUGUCUUUCCACUGUAAUUAGUGAUGUUGAAUAUCUUUCUUUAAUUUAAAAUUUAUAUUUAAAAAUUUAAAAAUCUUUCUAUUUUUAAAGGUAAAAUAUAUUUCCUUUUUUGUGAACUAUCUAAUCAUGUACUUGGCCUCCUUGUUUCCAGGUACUUUUUGAUAAUGCUGUAAAUGUUAUUGGUCCAUCAGGCCGAAUUCCUCAGAAGCACUCUACUGACUCGUCUGAGCCAAACGUCUUCUGAUUGCAAGUCUCAGAAAUUCAUUAAAACCAGCCAAUGCAGAAAGGGGGAUUUUCUAGAAUCUGAGUGGAGCUGGGCCACAAGGCCUACCUUUGGGACCAAGUCGGGGUCCUGUUCACUGAGCACCAGAAGGAAUUGCACCAGGGGAAGUAGGCCGCAGCUGCAGAGGACAGCUGGGCAUAUUUUCCUGCAUGAUUGUGGAUGUGAGGUGUUAUGAACAAGAGUCUCUAAGCCAACCCAGGAUUUCUCAAGAUGGAUCACUCACUCCAGGCCCCCAGAACUCAGGAGGCAGGGAGAGGAGAUCUGCUUUCUUCAGCUUCAGGUCCGGACAGAGGUCAGAGGUGCUGACUGUACCCUUAUUUGUGUGUCUUGGGAAUGGGAAUGUGCGGGGGUUGCUUGCCGGUCUUUGCUGAGCUUGUGCUGUGCUCUGGGCCUAGAAGAAGCUCAUAGUGGUCUGGGAUCUGGACCAGAUGCUGCUAAAAACAGAAGGGGCAGCCUGACUCCACUUGGGAAGAUGGUCAUGCCUCAGGCUUCAGACCCAGGAGCGCCUCGGGUCUGUUUUUUCCUAGUGGUGCCAGGCGACCUGGCCAUGUCUGAGCUGGGGCUUGAAGUCAAGUUGGCUCUUCUCUUUCCUGGUGCCCCAGCUCCCUGGGCUGUCUCUGACUCCUGAUGAGUUUUCUGGCCUUCCCUUAUGGGCCAUCAGGUGCCCUGUUGUCUUUUCUCACAGGGCUUUUCCGUGAGCAGAUCUGGGGUUACCUGAGGAUUGGCACCCCAUCUCCCUAGCAGACUGGGGACUUGCCCCGUCUUCACCGUCAGGAAGCUUUAACAGCAUGUACCAUUCAUUCCGUAAUUGCUGCGUGCCAGAUUCUGUGUUGGGCAGUAGAGACCAGAGAGAGGUGAUGCCGUCCUUGGUCCCCGAGGUCAGAGAAUGAUGGGCACAACCAAAGUGCAACAGAACUGUCCAGAGGCAGGGCCAGGGUCCAGGAAGGCCAAGGAGUGGCAGGGACACCCUCAGAGGGGACACUGUGGGAAUUGCAUAGUGAUGCGUCAGGAGUUUCCUGCUAAAUACAGUGGGGAAGGGCAUUUGGCCUGAGGGAAAGGUACUUGCUGAUGUGUGAGAGGAGGUGGGGGAGAGGCAGGCUCAGGCCAGGGGCCGGGCCAGAGCGGGCUUGGACUCUAGUCGGUAAGCAAGAAGGGUAUGUGUUGGGAUGGCCACAGAAUCCAGUGUUCUUUUGGUUCUUUUGAAUCCAUGGUGCCAAUAUGGAGGACAGAUUGGAGGGGAAAAAGACUCGCAGCCUUGGGCUAGUUAAGAGUUAUAACAGUUCAUUUGAGAGAUGAUGAGAGCCUGGGGACCAGUGGCAGCGGUCAUGGAGAGAGAGGCGUGAAGCCCAGGGAUGUUAAGAAGGCAGAGUGAACACAGCCUGACGCUUAGUUGGACAUCAGAGGUCAGGGUGAGGCAGGCUUCUGGGUGCUCCCGGGAUGACUCAGCCUGGCUCCUGGGUGAGUGGAGGUGCAGGACUGGGGGGGUCAACAGGGCAGGGCACGUAUGGAAAACAGUGGAUUGCCUGUGAGCCCUCUAGGCAAGGAAUUCCAGUCAGCAGUUGUGUCUGGAGAUAAGCCCAGGGGUCUGGACUGGAGGUAGGAACUUGAGAGGUGGCAGGACGCAGGGGCAGUGGAAGCCUGGGGUCUGCUACAUUGUUAGGAAGUGUAUGAAUGUGAGGAAAUAGAAUGGGGGAAAUACCAGUAUUUCAGGAGCAGGUGGAGAGGAUAAGAGCUUGUGAUGGCUCCUAGGGUCUAAGAACGUAAGGAACACAGACAUCAUGUUGAGUGAAAGAAGCUGGACACAAAAGAGAGCACAGCCUGUGACUGCCUUUAGACAGAAGCCACAGCUGGGCAGAGCCAAUCCAUGGCGAUAGAGGUCAGACCAGAGGGGCGUACUGACAGGAGGGCACCACAGGGCAGGCUUCCGUGCCGGGAACGUGCAGCUCUUCAUCUGGGUGGGUGUGUACACGUGUAGGCAGAUAGGCAGAUACCCUGAGAUGUCUGCACUUUAAGUUAUACCUAAAAAAAAAAAAAUCUUUAAAAACUUCAGAAAGAAGGGAAGGAAGAUGGAAGUGUAGGGGAGGAAAAGUAAUUUUCCUUCCACCCUGUGAGUUCUUGGCUGAGACCCCUGUAGUAAAGGACAGAUAAACAAGAGACAAACAAACAGAAGUUUACGAACACAUAUACCUCGUGUACAUGGGAGGUACUCAGGGAAAAAUGAGCAACUCCCCAAGUGGGCUUAAAAUUCAGGCUUAAAUACCAUCUUAGUAGGGAAAAGGGAGGGAGGGAGGCCUCCUAGGGGAGAGUGCAUGAUUUUUAGGGAAGAUGAAGGACCCUUAGAAUGGUGGAUGGGAGGUGUGAUGGUUUGUGACAAGUGUGUCUGGGUGUGGUGUGGACUCCAGUCUCCUCUCCUGGGAUGAGAGUCAAUCUCCCUUGGUUGAUGAAGCUCCUGGGAGGGGAUUUUUUUUUUUUUUUUGCGGUACGCGCGGGGCUCUCACUGUUGUGGCCCCUCCCGUUGCGGAGCACAGGCUCCGGACGCGGACGCGCAGGCUCAGCGGCCAUGGCUUACGGGCCCAGCCGCUCCGCAGCAUGUGGGAUCUUCCCGGACCUGGGCACGAACCCGUGUCCCCUGCAUCAGCAGGCGGACUCCCAACCACUGUGCCACCAGGGAAGCUCCAGGGAGGGGAUCUUUGACAAUUGAGUUCCUUUUGGAGCAUCUGUCUUUAGGCAGAUGGGGAGCUCAGAGAAAGCCUCUCAUUGGAUUGGCUGUUUUUCAGGUGCCUACAGCUCAGAAUAAUCAACAUACCAAAGUGGCAUAUUUGGGGCCGGCAUAUUCUGCUGCUCUUCAGAAGGAAGAUGGAAGGAAGGAAAGAAGGGGAAAUAAGGAAGGAGGAAGGGUGGAUGGAGGGAAGAAAGAAAGAAACCUGAAGCCGGUGGUGCCUGGCAGGAGAGGAUAGGGUUUUCAAGAAAGAGGAUGUGACCAGUGUCGCUCACACGCCCAGAGAUCAAGCCCUGGGCUAGCUCCAUAGAGUGACCUGGAGGCUGCCCUCCCAGUCCUCCCAUGGUCACUAGAGUGUGUCCCCAGCGCUGCGGAAUGAGUGGCAUAGAACAGACCCUAACAUUGAAUCAGAACAGGGAGGGCAUACCUGAGAAAUCUCCCGUGCUUGGGUCAUAGUUCCCAGCAGUGCAGAUGGCCCCUCUGGUUUCCUGAGUGUCCUCCCAGGCAAAUCCCGGUGUUGAAAUUUGAUAACGUUUAAUAAAAAAUGUUAUUAUCUACUAUAAUUUAAAAGAACUUCCUUCUGUUUCAGUGUGAGGGUUUCCCAUAGAAACCACUUCAGCCUGGGCGGCUGUGAAUGGCGGCUUUAUUAACAGAGCCAUCUGCAGGCUUUCCUAACAAUCUGUCGCCCUGCUUAUGGCUUCCAGUGCAAACAUUGUUUAUUGUGAUGUAGGCCUCAGCCUGUCACCCGUCACCUGGAGGGGGAGAGCCUUCCCUGCACCCCGAGGCAAGAACAGCUCAUCUGCUUCCCUCGAGCCCCUUGGACGCAGGGCCCUCGCAGAGCAGGGGCGGGCAGAGCCCUCGAGCUCAUCAGGAGGUCUCUCCCCUGAGAAUCAGAUGCUCCCGGUGGGCAAACCCUUACUCUCUUUCAGACGGAGACCGGGGAGACGGGGCCUAAACUUACCUAAACCCACAGUGAAACAUGCCCUUUUCAUUGCAGCCUUAGGUUUUUUAUGUCAGAUACCUGACUUGCCCUCACGGAAGGGCUGACUCACCUUCAAGUGGGACUGGUAUGAGAGAGACCUCACCAAUGCUCCAGGGGCCUGAGGGCUGGAAGCUAACACAUUCUUUUGAGAGAAAAGGGACUCUUGGCUCAGCUCAGAAUUAAUUCAUCUUUUAAAUGGAAAUGUCAAAGCCUGGCAAGCACUCCUGCUCAUGAUUCUGGUGCUGAGAUAUUCAUGGGCAGCAAACAGUAGGCCACAUGAAAAUGGAUUUUGCCAGUGAAACCAGAGGGGACUGUCGCUCUCAAAGGAGAAAGCCUGAUCACCUAAUCUCAAUUCUGCCGCAGUUUCACCAGGGCCUGCUAUAUAGUGGAAUUCUUCUUUUUCUUGUCAUUUUAUUACUUCUGAGUAAGGGAAGGUGAUUUAGCCCAAGCACCUGAGGCAAGGCGGCCGUGGGGCGGCUUCAGGAGAGCAUUUCCAAGAAAGGGAGUGAGCAUCAGUGACACUCAAAGCAGUCAGAAGGGGAAGCCAGUGAGGACCCAGGAGGAGGCCUCGAGAAGGGGUGCAGAAUGCCCAGCGAAGGGGAGGACUCCUCUGGCUGCAGGGGUAAUGCACUGGCUGCUUCUUGGGGGGCAAGCAGGUAAAGCCUCUGUGUUCCCAGACACACCUCUGACCAGCGCCCCUCCCUUGCCUGGGGCUCCUCCAGGCCCACACUCAGCUAGGAAGUCUCGCACAGACCCCGUGGGGGCAGAGAAGUGGCAGGGAAAGCUGCAGGGAGCGCUGUUUCACAUCAGCAGUGUUUUAUUUGAUCAUAGAUGGAGUACCUCAAGUGCACGAGGACAAAUUUUAUUUAAAAAUUUUUGUUGUAUUAAGGCCCAUAUUUGUUUCCAUAUUCCUUUCAAAAGCAUAAAAGAGAAGGGAGUUUCUAUAUCAUUAUUUAAAAAAAACUUAUUUUGAAAUAAUUAUAGACUUAGAGGAAGUUUAAAAAGAGAGACUGGUGAACCCUUCCCUCAGCUUCCCUCAGUGGUGACAUCUUAUAUAAUGUGUAGUUUUAUGUCCAGGAAAUGUUCAUUGGUACAACAGAGCCAUGCAGACCACAGACCUUAAUCAGUAUCCACCAGUUCUGCCUGCAUUCCUGUGUGCGCUUGUGCAGUUCUGUGCGAUUUAGUCCCGCUUAUAGAUUCGUGUAAUCACCACCACAACCAAGAUGCAGCCUGUUCAUCAUCACAACGGAACCCCCGUGCUGCCCCUCUGUAGUGACAUCCCCUCCCCUCCGUCCCUGUCCCCUGGCAACCACUAGUCUGUUCUCUAAUGUUGCUGUUUCAAGAAUGUUAUAAAUGGAAAUGUACAGUUGGUAAACUUUCCAGAUUGGCUUUCCAGGAUCCAUGCUCCGUGAGGGUAGGGCCUGCAUCUUUUCAUUGCUGGAUUCCACGCUGAGCCCAGUACAGUUUGCACAUGUACCCGAUGAAACAAUGACUCCUAGUCUCAUACAAAUUCGCCGGGUUCAGACUGGCUACCACUUUGAAGGUGUUGGCAGCACAAUACGUUUUUACUGUAGAGUGAGUGAAGUCUGUAGAAGGAAGAGGCCCUGCCCUUCCUGGUCAUCCGACUUACACAGUUGCGUUAACCGAGAGAGAGUUCUGCAGCUGAUGCGGUAAGAGAAUGCCAGCUUCUGGUUUCCCUGCUUCCAACCAGGUCUCCAAGUCAGCCCGACCCAGUGUUGGCUGAAUGGGCAUCACUGUGCUGAGAUGGGCUCCAGAGUACGCUUUGACCCUUCCCAGGAUGCACUAUGGCUUGGUGGAACAUCAGGAAUGAAAUGGGAUGACCAGAGAAUGUCGUUCUCCUCGUGUAAGUGGAAGAGGCUCCAGCUUUCCAAGUUAUAACACACGAAGUCCUGGCGUGGCAGUUAUCUGGGUAAGUGAACGCAGGCCUGUUCCUGAACCUCUCCAGCCCGCCCCUUGCCCACAGGGCAACACACCCCUUGUCACUGCGAGCUGGGGUGUCUGGGGGUGCACUGGCCACACGGGGACUCCUCCAGCAACAGCUCUGCUCCGCUCCACCCAAGUCCUGAACACAUGCUCUUCAGCCCUGUCUCCUUUGUCCUAAAAACAUGUCCUUGUCCUAAACUCUCAUUGUAGUUCCACCUUUAAGCUAGAAACCUAGUUCCUUAUAGAAGUUACACUAACAAACACCUCAAUAUGUCCAAGAUCUAAUUCAUCAUUAUUUCCCCAUAGAGGUUCCUUUUUUGGAUCUCCUUUUUCAUUAAGAAGAAAAAUCAUAUUGUUUAGUGGGUUGGUUCUGGUGUCUGUCAGCUGUUUUGUCUCUGAAUUCUUGAAAGAAGAAUUCCUGCCCCAAGACAGCAUCUCACAGGUUAGUAUAUGCGAGUGGCUGUGAACAUAUAUUCAUAGUUAACAAGGAUGAAUAAGAUGAUGAUGAAAACCCCAUCAUUUCCAUGACUGUAAAACUGGGAAUGUAUGGGGUACUCUUAGUCUAAUGCUUCAUAAAGAAAAAUUUGUAGCAGCUAAUUUAUGGUUGCGGUGUACAGAGGAUGUGUCACUAAGCAACACGGGAGAGAUGGCGAAAGCGGGACGCUGAGUUCAAGGGCUUCUGGCAGGCUACACCGGGGAGGCAGGCAGUGGAGGCGGGUCAGGCAGGUAACCAGGAUCACUAGGAUUACCUAACAAACACUGGAGAGAGUGUAGACAUGAAAUAAAUUAAAACAAAAGCUACUCCCUAUUAAAUGGAAGCAUAAAUGAGAAGUAAUUUCCUCUAACAUUAUGAGAUGGAGUCUGUCACUCCAGAAUAGCUGUAUCCAUAGCAGUGGCAGUGGUCAACUGAUAAAUGUGUCCUUCUGAACUGUCACGUCUUCUGAUGAUUGGACAGUCACGGAAACUAGCAGCAUAAAUGAAAAAAGACUCAAGACACGUUUGGAGAGACAGAUGAAACAUUUUAUUUUUUAAUCUUCAAAAUCUUCUGCCAUAAGACAGGAAUGCAUGAUAGAAAUGGCUCAACAUCUUCACAUGAAACACUUGGAUUCAUUUUCAUUCACAAGUUUUUCUAAAAACAUCUACAAUUUCAUAAUCCCACCCACUUCCAACCAUUAUCACAGAUUUAGUUGACUGUUAAACAGUAGUCGCCAGCAGUAGAGCUGGAACGCUUUCUGCGUAUUAGUAGUGUCUUUGGAAACUACCACCCAAGAUAUCACGAAUAUAAAUUUCAUGGUACACAGCAACCCCAAAGGUGACUGAUGUCCCCAAAUAAACUCCCUGCUUAUCAUGGAGAGUGGUAUCCCCCGGGUACUUAACGAAAUGCUUUUUCUUCUCCUAGAAUUACUUGUUCAUCUCAUAGUAUUUUUCUUGCAGGGUAUAUAGCACAUGCUGACCUGAUGAUUCAGUCACCACAGCUAAUAGGCAAAUAUAUAUGCCUGAUACUACUGCUGUUCUCUGAUAAUUAUGUACAAACAUACUGAAAAAUGAUGGGUUGCUUGGAGUCUACCUCCCUUCUUCUGAAGAGAACUACUUUGAGGUUUUUUUUUUUUU